AUGGCUGCCGGAAGGUUACUGCUCUAUACGGGCCUCUCGCUAGCGCUCUGCGCCCUCGGCAUGCUGGCCGUGGCCAUCUGCUCGGACCACUGGUACGAGACGGACGCCAGGAAGCACAGGGACAGGUGCAAGGCCUUCAACACCCGCCGGGUCGACCCCGGCUUCAUUUACAACAACAACAACAACUUGCCGCUCCGGGCGAGCCGCUCGCGCCUGGACCGCUGGGAGGGCAAACUCCUCCGGGCCCGGAACCGCCGGCAGCUCUUCGCCAUGAGCCCGGUUGACGAGUGCAGCCGGCAGUACAACUCCACCAACAUGGGCCUCUGGAGGAAGUGCCACCGGCAGGGCUUCGACCCCGAGAUCGCAGCCCUCAUUCGGAAAGGAGAAAUUGAGCGAUGCACGUACAUCAAAUACCACUACUCCUCAGCCACCAUCCCCAGGAACCUCACUUUCAACAUCACGAAGACCAUCCGUCAGGAUGAGUGGCAUGCCCUUCACCUGCGCAGGAUGACAGCCGGCUUCAUGGGCAUGGCGGUGGCCAUCAUUCUCUUCGGCUGGAUCGUCGGCGUGCUGGGCUGCUGCUGGGACCGAGGCCUUAUGCAGUAUGUGGCAGGGCUUCUCUUCCUCAUGGGAGGAACCUUCUGCAUCAUUUCACUGUGCACCUGUGUGGCUGGAAUCAACUUCGAGCUGUCACGCUACCCACGCUACCUGUAUGGACUCCCCGAUGACAUCAGCCACGGCUACGGAUGGUCCAUGUUCUGUGCGUGGGGGGGCCUGGGCCUCACACUAAUCUCGGGAUUCUUCUGUACCUUGGCCCCUUCUGUCCAACCUGUCCCGAGGACCAACUGCCCUAAAUCCAGACCCGAGAAUGGGACAGUGUGCUAAAAAACAAACCCAUACAUAUAUAUAUAUAUAUAUAAAUAUAUAUAUAAUAUACAUAUAUAAAACAAAACUAACUCAAGAUGAUGCCAGUGCCAAGGUAGAGUUGAGUUGGCCCAGGCACCCGCAUCUCGUCGGACUUUGUGUUGCCUCAUCUCCAGGAUGGGGAAAGCGUUCCCGUCAUGUGGCUCUUCCAUCCCUUCUUAACUUUUGGCUCCAUGGUUUCUUGAAGACAGAACGAACAUCACCCCCCCGUGGUAGUGUCCUGAUUCCCGUCCCUCACAAGGAUGGGGUGGUGGGCCGGGAAGGGACAUGUCGCCAGUGGUGUCUGAAGCGGCACGGAUGUAGAGAAGGUGGUGCCGUCCAUUGGGCCCGCAGUGAGGACACCACCCCAACACCGAUCAUAUCGCAGAGAGACAAAGCCUGUACGUAGUUCAUAGAACGUAACCAGAUCUUUGAGGUCAUUUGCAGAGCCACUUCUCUUGACCUUCCUGUUCUGGUUCCCUUCCUGGCCCACCAGCGACACACGAGAAGUGGAAGAGAAAACAGCGCGAGAAGGAAGUUUUCUCUUCGUUGCCAAACUUUUGGACCAAGCUUUAGAGGUGGGAAGGGGGAGAGAACAAUGUGCUGAGAGGCAAGAUCCACGUCAAUAAAAGGACACUUCAGUGGAUGCUCAGAAAACCCAGUCUUACCUUCCAGCUGCCUUAUACCCAGUUAAACAAGAGGCCGCCCUGCCCCUGACCACACCUGCCGUCCUGCUCGGGCAGACUGGAGCCUUGGAGUAACGCUGUGACGUGUGCGUGUGUGUGUGUGUGUGUGUGUGUGCGUGCGUGUGCAUGCAAGAUGACUCCCGGUGGUUUCCUUUUUUUCCUUUUCACCUUUUAAAAUCGAAAUACUGCAUCAUGACUGUUGUCUCCAUCAUUUGUCGUGGUUUUGCGGCCCAGGGCGGAGGCCCAAGACCAAGGGAGAAUAACGAAGGGGCAAGCCAGUGCGGGUGCCCGUUCCGUAGCUUCGGAUCCCUGGCGUGUGUGCGUGUGGUGGAUGUUCUGGUUUUAGCGUUUGUGUUGUAUUUUUCUAUUAUUUGUAAUGUGCAGCUGAAAUUCCCAGAGGGCAGAACCAAGAACAAACCCAUUGGGCCUCAGAGGGCCCCGUGGUCCUUCACAUCACAGUUCUGGGAUGCCGCAGGAUUUAGUCCUGUAAAUCUGGAAGUUCAAGACAAAGCUGGGCACCAAAGCCAUGAGAGAAGAGGGGGAGCACUGUUCAGGAGGGAGAAGGAACGUUGCCUCUGUUGCUGUUGUACAAGUACGUACCAAACCAAACCAGACCUUCACUCCCCAUCGUGGAAGCUGUCCUUUGUCACUGGACAUCUACCCCUCUCCUAGGGGCGACCUCUGUACAGAUGAAAGAAAAUGGGUCACAUGCAGAGAGAGCACCUCCAUGUCCCAUGGGCUCGAGUUUGUAUGAUAUUGUGUAAAUUAAUGGAGAACUCUUGACUCUUUCCAUCUUCUUCCUUUUCCUCUUGAUAUUCAAGGCCAUGCAUCCCCUAAUAGCUGUCGUAGUGGCUAGCCCCCAAACAGAGGUGGCAUAAGUCCAGCCCAGUGUCUCGGGCUCAUUUGAGCCAAUUGGCCCCGCAGGUGUUGGCGAACCACGAAGUCAGCCAGAGUCGUGGAAGCUGUAGGGACGAGCAUCUGCUGGGAAGAGUGGGCAGGAGCAGCUGACAGUCACCUCGGGGACCUUGCGGGGGCUGCGCAGCCCUGGGGAGGCAAAGAGUGAAUCCCCGAGCUGCACAGUCAUGGGUCAAACCAUGCAGCUGAGAAUUCAGUUGCUUCAUAAUGAAGAGUGCUCGGGGCACUUUGCCAACAGCAGGCUCCAACAGCCUUCCUUCCCAUCCAAGCACCUGUUUCGUCUACCUGUCUUCUGAUCUGUCUUCCUACCAGUCCCACCUUCCCUCACCUACUAACCACCUCUCCCUCUUCUAUCCACCAGGCUACCAGUCCUGCCUGUCUCCUCAUCUGCUCUUUCUGACUCUGUCUGUGUGUGUCAGUGUGAGUGUGUGUGUGUGGUGUGUGUAAUUCACAUCCAGAUAGGACAUCCCAUGUGCAUGAAUGGCCUGAAUGUGGGUGUCUGUAUAUGCGUAGCCCUCUGGUGCAUUUUCUAUGUGUUUGUAUCAAUAUAACCCGGGCGCGGGUUUGGAUGUACUACUCAAGGCUUCCUUCCCGGCAACACUGGGCAGCUUCUGCAAAAGGUCUCAUGUGUGCGUGCCCCUUGUAAGGGUGUGCCGAGAGAUGUGGGAUGAGGUGUGGAGCGGGAAAUGCUAUUA